CGUACAGGGAAAAGCACGUGUUCGCGCUGCUGGUGGUAUCUGAAGUUAAUCGAAGGGGUUGAAAAGUUAAUAGUCUGUUGUUGAAUAGUUUUGAGUUUGGACAUUUCAUUUGUCAUCUUUCUAACCGUUUUUGUUUACGAACAAAAUGGCUCUCGGUACAGCAACGGAUGGAGUCAAGAACGAAAAUAAUGAUUUUCGAGAUAAGGUUUUGAAUGGCGAGAAAUCUAAAAAGGGGUCGUCCGAUACCCUGGACUCUAAUGAAAAUAAAGACAAUGAAGUAGUGAAACCUUCACAAGAAGAAACGGAGAAAAAACUUGCCAAAGACGUUGAAGAAAAAGAAAAAGAUGAAAGUGAAGAAAAAAGCAAAGAUGAAGUAGUUUUCAUUCAAGAUGUAGGAUUUACAGUUAAGAUUAUGAGUCCCAGUGUGGAACCUUUCGAUAUUCAAGUGUCUAGCAUGGAAUUAGUUCAAGAAAUACAUCAGCUGCUGAUGGAUCAUGAAGACACGUGCCAUCGAACAUGUUUCUCCUUACAGCUCGAUGGGAAUAUGCUCGAUAAUUUUGCCGAGCUUAAAAGUAUAGAUGGCUUGAAAGAGGGCUCGCUGAUAAAGGUUGUUGAAGAACCUUAUACAAUGCGCGAGGCCCGCAUUCACAUAAGACAUGUCAGGGAUUUGUUGAAAUCUCUAGAUCCGGCUGAUGCUUAUAAUGGUGUAGAAUGUAAUUCUUUGAGUUUUCUCAAUGUCAUUACCCAAGGGGAUAUUUUAGAAAAAAAGAAAAUGCGCCCCGAAGGUGUUGAUUGCACCCCUCCAGAUUACAUAAUGCCAGAAAGUAAAGACAGACCAUUGACAGCGCUACAGCCUCAUUUGAAGGAACAAAAAGUACCCCACUGCAUAAAGGUGCUUACAACGUCGAGUUGGAAUCCGCCGCCUGGUUAUCGUAAGCUGCACGGCGAUCUUAUGUAUCUCUAUGUUGUCACUCUUGAGGACAAACAUUACCACAUAUCUGCAUGUUCUAGAGGAUUCUACAUUAACCAGUCAACAGUGGAAGAGUUUAACCCCAAGCCCGCUACUCCUAGUCACUUGUGCCAUUCGCUGAUCGAGCUGCUAAACCAAAUCUCCCCCCAAUUCAAGCGUAACUUCGCUAUGCUACAAAAAAAACGCAGUCAGCGACAUCCGUUUGAACGGGUCUCCACUCCCUAUCAGCUGUACACCUGGACAGCACCCGUGAUGGAACACACCAUAGAUGCCAUUAGAGCUGAAGAUACUUUUUCCUCAAAAUUGGGCUACGAGGAGCAUAUUCCCGGUCAAACGCGAGACUGGAACGAGGAAUUGCAAACUACCAGGGAGUUACCAAGGAAAACGUUACCCGAGCGUUUGCUACGGGAAAGAGCUAUCUUUAAGGUCCACAGUGAUUUCGUAGCAGCCGCCACCAAAGGUGCUAUGGCCGUUAUCGACGGCAACGUGAUGGCGAUCAACCCCGGCGAGGAAGCCAAGAUGCAAAUGUUCAUAUGGAAUAAUAUCUUCUUUUCGCUUGGGUUCGACGUCCGCGACCAUUACAAAGAGCUAGGUGGAGAUGCGGCCGCGUUUGUAGCACCUCGUAAUGAUUUGCAAGGAGUCAGGGUGUACAGCGCGGUCGAUUUACAAGGCCUGUACACUCUGGGCACUGUAGUCAUAGACUACAGGGGAUAUAGAGUGACUGCACAGUCAAUUAUACCAGGCAUUCUGGAACGAGAACAGGAGCAGUCGGUCGUAUACGGGUCCAUCGACUUUGGCAAAACCAUUCUGUCCCACCCAAAGUACCUGGAUUUGCUGAGCAAAGCUGGACAGCAACUAAAAAUCCUACCCCAUCACGUCAUAAACGACAAAGAUGAACCCGUAGAACUGUGCUCCAGUGUAGAAUGCAAAGGGAUAAUUGGCAACGAUGGUCGCCACUAUAUUCUUGAUUUGUUACGCACAUUUCCUCCCGACGUCAACUUCCUGAAGUUGGAAGGGGAAGAGCUGAGCAAAGAGGUGCGCGCGUUGGGCUUUCCGAUCGAGCACAAACAUAAGUUGUGCUGUCUCAGGCAGGAACUGAUCGACAGUUUUGUCGAUUCCCGUUACAUGAUGUUUAUCAAAUACGCCGCCUACCACUUGCAGCAGCUUAAUCAUCGGAAAACUGCCGAAAAGCUAAACAACAAGGCAAUCGAAGAACAACAACAGCAGGAACAGGAUAAUAGGAAAAAGGAAGAAAAAGUCUCUGAGGACGGGGAAGAGAAGAAGGAUGAAAUCGAAGAGGACGAAGCUAAGAAAAUUGUGGAGAGUAUCACGGACGGUAGUAAAUUAGAAUUGGAGGAGAGUACUAAGAAUAUUGUGAAAACCGCUUCGAUAGCGGUGGGCUCGUUGAAAGAUACCGAGUUUGACAUUCGCUUUAAUCCGGACGUGUAUUCGCCCGGAAUUAGGCACAGCGACAGUUUAGAUCCUCCCUUGUCGAAGCAGCGGCAACUGGUUAAAGAUGCUGCCGAGUUUCUGCUCACCGUACAGAUUCCCACAUUUAUCAGGGACUGUUUGGAUCAUUCGUCCGCCCCCAUGGACGGUUUUACUUUGUCUGAAGCCCUUCAUAACCGAGGCAUUAACAUUCGGUAUUUGGGCCGCCUCACGAUGUUGCUCUCCAAGGUGAGGCAGCUCGAAUAUUUGCAUUGCAUCGCCGUUUCGGAGUUGAUUUUGCGCUCGGCCAAGCACCUGUUCACCACUUAUUUGCAGGGCUGUGAAAUGAUUAACUUAUCUGUUGCCAUUUCGCAUUUCUUGAAUUGCUUUUUGUACUCGGGGAUUGUCUCGAAUCCGUUACAAAAUGUCGACGAGCUGCAAAACAAAAACAACAAAAAGCGCGGCAAAAGGCGCGGCAGGACGAAUCCGUUGUCCUGCAACGACAAUAACGAGUGGGCCAAUCUGACACCGAAAUUGUUGUGGGCUCAGUUGAAAUCAGAAUUGAAGGCAUAUUACGAUUACGACUUGUCGACAGUCGACAUCGAAAGCACCAUCGAUCACUAUUCAUUACAGAAAGUGUCUCUCCUGCGGGGCUUCUGCCUGAAGACCGGCGUUCAGAUUUUGUUGCGCGACUACAAUCUCGAUUCCAAGAACAAGGUGAUUUUUUACGAGGAAGAUAUUUUGAACGUGUUCCCGAUCGUGAAACAUAUCAACCCGAGGGCCAGCGACGCUUACAAUUUCUACACGACUGGCCAGAAUAAAAUUCAGCAAGGCUUUCUCAAAGACGGUUAUGAGCUCAUUAGCGAAGCUCUCAAUUUAUUGAACAACGUUUACGGGGCCAUGCAUCCCGAAAUAGCGCAGUGUUUGAGGAUGAUCGCUCGAUUGAACUACAUAUUGGGUGACCACGCGGAAGCCAUGGCUUAUCAGCAAAAGGCUGUGUUGAUGUCAGAGAGGGUGAACGGCAUCGAUCAUCCUUAUACCAUCACGGAAUACGCCCACUUGGCGCUGUACUGCUUCGCCAACAGCCAAGUGACGACCGCCCUCAAGCUCCUGUACAGGGCCAGAUAUCUAGCUGUCAUUGUUUGCGGCGAAAAUCAUCCAGAGGUCGCCCUGCUUGACAGCAAUAUCAGUUUGAUUCUUCACGCCGUCGGUGAAUACGAGCUCUCCCUUCGUUUCUUGGAGAAAGCUUUAGCGCUGAACAUGAAAUAUUACGGCGCCAAAUCCUUAAAGGUAGCGGUGACGUAUCACCUCGUGGCGAGGACGCAAAGCUGCAUGGGUAACUUCCGACAAGCGCUGAAUAACGAGAAGGAGGCGUUCACCAUUUACAAACAACAACUGGGCGAGAACCACGAAAAAACCAAAGAGUCUUCGGAGUGCUUGAAGCAUCUCACCCAGCAAGCAGUGGUCUUACAGAAGAAAAUGAACGAAGUCAUCACCGGCAAGAAUGGCGCCUCUAUCCCCCCUAUUCAAAUUCAACCACCAUCCAUGGGUUCCGUACUCGAUAUGCUUAAUGUUAUCAAUGGGAUACUCUAUGUACAGAUUAGCACUGAAGACAUCAAUCACUUAAAAGCGGAGAUGGAGAGGCGUCAACAAAGCGAAGAACGAGAAACCCAAAGCCUAAAGCCGAUCGAGGCUAAAGAAUAACGAUAAUAAUACAAUUUCGCGAAAUAUAUUUUACCAUUUCAUAUUCUUUAGAUGCGGUCGAUAGGCUAGUAGUGAAAUAUGGUUGUUCGGCGCCGCGCGACGGCAAUUCUGCGAACUAGUCAGUUUCGGUGUCCUAUAUAGUUUUGUUGGUUAUAUUUUUUUAUUUUUAAGGGCGUUUGCGAACAAAGUGUGCCAGAUCUGACACGUUUCGGUAGUAUUAAAAGUUCCUAUACGCGAUACCAAAAAUUUAUCCUAGAUUUAUCAAAUUCUAACUGGAACUGAAUGUAGGCGGGGCGUGCAGCUAGAAAUGUCGACGGCAUUUACUUGGGGAUUACGGUGUUGCACAGCCGCGAGCGACAUUGUAUAAAAAUGUUUGGUGUAAUUGAUUUUAAUUACAUUUAAUUGCACUGAUAUUUUAAGGAUUUAUUUCAGCGUUCGAGGGUUUUACUAGAUUCGGCGUGCCGAUAAAUCAAUAAACAUUAAAAAUAAAUAACACAGAAUUAUUAUGUUAGCGGUUUUUGCAACGCCCUUAGGUACAUUUGUCUCUUCGUUGGCAUUCUAGCUUCCCGAUUACCACCAAAUCUACUUGAUUUUAUUUCGGAACUAGAAAACUUAUAAGUUAUGGAUAUUCCGGUACGUUUUGGGAAUGGGUAAUUAUUGGUUGCGCAGAACGUGCAUGUUGCCAGGUGGAACAUAACGACGUAACCGCGUUGUUAUAGACAUCGCUUUUAGGCGGUGUCCAUAUGUAGUGUAUAAUAAAGAAAUGUUUUUUUUUUUGUAAUCAAAGUUUUGUUAAUAAAUAUUGAUUCAUU